AUGUCAGGCUCGGGCAGGAAGGACUUUGACGUGAAGCACAUCUUGCGCCUUCGUUGGAAACUAUUCAGCCACCCAUCGGCGCCGGCCGGGCCAGUGGGGAGCGGCUGCUUGCAGCCGGACGGCAGCUUCGAGCACUGGGGGCCGAGCCAGAGCCGCCUUCUGAAGAACCAGGAGAGAGGCAGCAGCGCCUUCUGGAAGAAAUCCUCUUCCUCCAGCCCGCUGAACGGGACCCUGCUGCCCGCCACCAGGCAUGGGCUGGGCCAGCGGCCGUCGCCCAGGACCGUCUUCUACGUGGAGACCCUGGAGGAGGUGCGCGGCGGGCUGGAGCUUACCCGAGAGCAGGAGAAGUCGCUGGUGCUGCAGGAGAUGAAGGAGGAGCCGGCGGACUGUUCGGACUGCAGCAGCCAAGCAACAGGUGAAGGAUGUGGACACAGGUUGUCAGCAGCGGGCCAUUCCCUGACACCUCAAUGUGAUAUGGACUCCAGUAGCUCUGAGGAGUUCUAUCAGGCAGUGCACCAUGCUGAACAAACCUUCAGAAAGAUGGAAAGCUACUUAAAGCAACAGCAACUCUGUGAUGUUAUCCUGAUUGCUGGGAACCGUAGGAUACCUGCACAUAGGCUUGUUCUCAGUUCUGUCUCUGACUACUUUGCUGCCAUGUUUACAAGUGAUGUUUGUGAGGCCAAGCAAGAGGAGAUCAAAAUGGAAGGAAUAGACCCGAAUGCGCUGUGGGAUCUUGUUCAGUUUGCAUACACAGGUUGCUUGGAAUUGAAGGAGGACACCAUUGAAAACCUUCUGGCAGCUGCCUGCCUCCUUCAACUCCCACAAGUAGUAGAGGUUUGCUGCCAUUUUCUAAUGAAGCUUUUACAUCCAUCCAACUGUUUGGGAAUACGAGCAUUUGCUGAUGCACAGGGCUGCACAGAUCUUAUGAAGGUGGCUCACAGCUAUACCAUGCUUAAUUCUGAGAAGGGUUAUAAGAUGCUGUACUUUUCAGUCAGACAAUGGCUUUUAGAAUACUAUACCCCAUUUAUGGAUGAAUCUCAUUUGAACAUCCCUAGUACUUUGGGAUCCGCUGGGUCUCCUUACACUAUUCUUCAUGCAGCAGAUGGGAUGACAAGGCCUUACAUUUAA